CGAAGGUAAUGCAAUAAAACUUUUGCGCGCGCAUUUCUCUCAGUACAUAACGGUAGCGCUUCGUCUGUGUGUGUGGGUGGGCUAAAAAAAUACAACUUGCUAGUGCCUUCUCGCUCACUCUGACGCGCUGGCCGCCUCUUGCCAUCCCGCUCUCAGUCGAUUCCCAUUCGAAUGCAAUUCGUUUCGUUGAUUUCUCCGAUUCGCGAAAGAGUGGGGGAAGGGGAACCAGAAGCAGAAGCAGCGAAGCCAACGUCGCCGUGGCAGCGGAGUCGCUGGCAUCUCUCAAUCCCUCAAUCUCUCAGUGACAAUCCGUCGGUACGGUACUCGAAAACGGACACCGCUCCGGUUUCCCAAAUUCCUCUACGAAAACGGUUAUCCGAACUCGAUAAAACGGUCUAACGGAAUAAAUCAAAAUAUUGAAAAUAUAUUUCAAGGCGAAUUUCAAAGCUAUAAUCUUUAAUCAACACACAGUGCGCGAGUGUCUUGUGUCAGUGCAUUUGAGUUUUAGUAUAACUUUUAGACCCAUUAAAGAAAAACCCACACAUUAAAGAAUCAUUUUGAAAGUAAACAAACAAAAGUGUCGGCCAUGACGAAGUAUGGAUUCUGUGACAAGUGAACAGAGUGAAAAGAACAACAAUAAAUCGGGCGCAAUAAAUAACAAUAUUAGUGGAAUUGAAAGAGCCACGGGCAAAAUGAACACCACCGCCAUGUUGAUGCACCACCAGCAACAGCAGCAGGCGGCAGCAGCCGCAGCUGCCCAGCAGCAACAGCAGCAACACAACGGUCGCGACGGGAGCAACAGUUCGCGAGGAGCCAACGAGGAUCGUCCGAAUGGCCGGAGCUCCCACACAGGACGCGGCUCCAGUUGCUCACCGGCCAGUUCCCCGAGUCGUCAUCCCAGUGCCGUGAGUCCUGUGAGCUCCUUGAACCACUCCAUGAUGCAGCAGAUGCAGCAGCAACAGCAGCAGGCGCAACAGCAGCAGCAACAACAGCAGCAGCACCAUCAGCUCAGUCCCCCGCCACACGGAAUGCCAUCGGGCAAUGGUCUGCCGGCGGGCUUGCCACCAAGAAUGCCCCACGGACUGCCGCCCCAUUCGCUGGGACUCCUGAACUCCCUGCAGAUGAUGCACCAUGCCUCCCCCUUGGAGCUGAUGGCCGCUGCCCAUCAUCAUGUGCCGCCAAGGUCGUACAAUUCACCGCCACCGAUCUCAACCUCGGAUCCCAGUGCCAAUGAGUGCAAAUUGGUGGAGUACCGGGGUCAGAAGGUCGCCGCUUUCAUAAUUAGCAACGAAACCAUGCUCUGCCUGCCGCAGGCCUUUGAGCUUUUCCUAAAGCACCUGGUUGGCGGUCUGCAUACGGUCUAUACUAAAUUGAAACGAUUGGACAUCGUACCGCUCGUCUGCAAUGUGGAACAGGUGCGCAUAUUGCGCGGGUUGGGCGCCAUUCAGCCGGGAGUGAAUCGCUGCAAGUUGCUCUGCUGCAAGGACUUCGACGUCCUCUACAGGGAUUGCACCACGGCCAGAUGCCUAUCGAUCAAGCCACCAGAGAGUAACUCUCUGCAAUUCCGCAGUUCCAGACCGGGUAGACCGCCCAAAAGGGGACCCGUGGGGCUUUCCCUGCCGCCCACUCACCUUUCGCAACAUCCGCAGCUGAAGAAGCAUCGCCUGGACAACGGCGACUACGCUUAUGAGAAUGGGCACAUUAGUGACAUGAAGUCGCCGCUUUUGGCUAAUGGCUACAAUCCGCCGCCCAUCAAUCACAUGGCCUUCAUGCAGAUGAACGCCCACCAUCCGGCUUUAAUGUCGCCGGGAAUGCCGCCCCAUGGACUGCACGCCCGUCCCGAAAGCCAGAUGCUCAAGGCCGCUGCCCAAAACGCCGGCAUGUCGGCGGCCAACAUGGACGCCCUGGCCAGAUCCGGAAUCUGGGAGAACUGCCGGGCGGCCUACGAGGACAUCGUUAAGCAUUUGGAGCGGUUGCGGGAGGAGCGGACGGACGAGCGGCAGCAGGCGAUGGGCGUCGGCGGAGCGGUCGUAGACCGGGUAGGAAACGUGAUGGUGGCCGAGCACAAGCCCAGGGAUCUCAGCUCCAGGAAUUGUUCUCCCACGCGCCAGAGUCCGGUUUUGAAUCUGAGCAAGUCCGGCGGAAAUACGGAUCACGGCGGAAGCAACUGCGACGCGGGCAGCGAACGGAGUGACUGCCACUCGGUGGCAGGAUCCCCGGGAAGAGGCGGCUCCCGCAGCUUGGACGAGGGCAGUCGCAGUGGCGUCGGAGGGGGCGUGGCAUCCCAUGUUAGUGGCGGCAUAAUCGGGGUGGAGGACGACGAGGAGGAGGAGGAGAACCUGAGCGACGAGAACCAAUCCGAAGUCGAUGAACGCUGCCUGGCCAAAGAUGACGAAGAUUUGAGUGACACGGAACGUGAUAAUCUGUCCACCCACCAGACGGUGGGCCUUUCCCACUUGGGGGUGGUGGCCCCACAUCAGCGGGCUUCGCCCUCAUCAUCCGCAGAGGCGGCAGCCGCCGCCAUCCAGCACCAAAGAGCCUUGAACUACUCGCAGUUGGCGCAGGUGGCCAAUGGACCAGCGGUUGGUGCUGGUGCUCUGACCCCCAAUGAGGCUCUCCUGGCGGCCAACGAUGCGGCCGCCUUGGCCGGUGGCCUGGCCCUGGGUCCUUUGGGCAUGGAUGGCCAUGCCGGUGUUCCAGCCAGCUCCACGGAAACGCUGCUCAGAAAUAUCCAGAGUUUGCUCAAGGUGGCCGCCGAUAAUGCCAGGCAGCAGGAGCGACAAAUUAGCUACGAAAAAGCUGAGCUCAAGAUGGACGUCCUGCGAGAACGUGAAGUGAAAGAUUCGUUGGAACGUCAGCUUGUCGAUGAAAGAAAACUGAGAGUUCUCUACCAGAAGCGCUUCCGACGCGAGCGGAAGAUCCGCAUCCGCUAUCAGCAGCAACUUGGUGGCAGCAGCGUUGCAGCGAAGGGAAGUCCAAGUGCAAACGGGAGCGGGGGCGGCGGUGAUACCAAGUGCAACAACAACAACAACAAUAAUAACAACAACAGCAACAGUAGCAGCCACGGCGGAGAUGUGGAGACGAUGAAAGAAAACGAUGCCGGCAGCGAAAAAUCGGACAAGUCGCUGGCCAAUUCUAAUUCCUCCUGUGAUGUGACCGCCGGACAAUCGGCUGGAUCUGCUUCCGGUUCCAUUUCCGCCGGCCUCAACUGCCCGGAUUCCCCCACCCACUUGAAGCGGGAACCGCACUCCGAUCACGAGGGCUCCGUGGAGCGCCAGCCACGCUCCUCCGCCGCGUCCUUUGGAGCCCACGACGAGGACAACGCAAAAAGGUGUGGCAGUCGCGAUCGGGAUGAGCGGCCACCCAGCGGAUCUGCCGCAACAACAACAACAAUAAUAACAACAGCGGCUGCAGCUGCAGCGGCGACCGCCAUCAACGGAAAGGGUCCGUGGAGCUAUCCGGGCAUCGAUCUGAUGGCCACUGGAGCCUUCUGGCAGAACUACUCCGAAUCCUUGGCCCAAGAGCUGGAGAUGGAGCGCAAGAGCCGAGCGGCCAAUGCCGAGCGGGACGUGAAGAGUCCGCUUUCGGAGCGACCGACGGCCUACUACAAAAACUCUGUGCUCUUCAGCAGCGCCAACUAGACACCUGGAAAGGUGAGGUGCAAGGAUUUAUUUGAUCUCAGAGUGCAAUCCAACCCUGCGGCGGCUCUUCAGUGGGAGUUAAGGAAACUAAAGUGAAGUGUACAUACCUAAGAAAGUUUGAAAUGGAGACCAGAGUAUGAGUUUUGAGAACGUUGCAAACGUUUGAGCGGCCAUUUUGUAUAUAGAGAAACUAUAGUGAAAAGAUGAAAAGAACUUCCGAAAUCCCAUUUAGAGUGCUUAGAUCUUAUAGCGUGCAGUUGUAAGCUUACAGUUACGUUGUAUAUAGCAGCCGAUACGAAAGACUUUUUAAUGAAUUGAAAAACGAUAAGCUGAAAACCCACAUAGGCAAACCUAGCAUUUAACUUCCCCAAAAAGAAACCAUUUUUAGCGUUGCUUAUAAACCUUACGAGUUAGCUUCAAUUUGAGUAUAUAUAAAUGUAACGGAAAUCUAUGUAAUUUGGACAUAUAAUAUAUGCAGUAAUACGUAGUUAUUUAGGAAGUAAACAAGGUAAAUUUAACGAUCCGCUUUUUAGUGUUUUAAACGAUGGACAAACCUUUGGUUUAUUUUACGAGGUAAUUUUUCUAGAGCUAAGAUUUUAAUUUAUUCACUAGCCUAACAGAAGUGCAGUAAGCCCGUAAUACUUAUAAUAGCAUAUAAAAAUAAUUAACUUCAAGUAUUUCACUUGCCUAGACGGUAAACAAUAAUUCAUAUUAUAUAUAUCUAAUAAUAAAUAUUAAUAAUAAAUGCUAAACAAAACAAACUUGUAUGCCCGUUACAAAAAGCAAAACAAAAAACAUAAUGAAGGAAAAACGAUCAAAAAUAGACAUUAAAAACUAUUUAAACGCUUCAUAUGCUAUUAUAUAUACACCCUAUAUAUAUACACAUUAACUUUAGUCAUAACAAUAGUCAAAGAACAAAUAAUUCCGCGAAUCAGAAACAACAAUAACGGUUCAUAUAUUGUGCAACAUUUCGCCGCUCGCAAUAAAAACACAGAAAUUAAUAUAAUAAAUACAAUUAAAAUAAUACAGCAACCGGCAACAGGCAGACAGAAAAACACCAACAAGCAAGCGAAAAAGUUUAAAAAUAAUAUA